GGGUGCAUGUUGUUUUUGCUCUGAUGGGAUAAAUAAAACUGUGAGCACGUCAUUUGGGCCAAACUAUUAAUAAGAAUGUCAUUUUGGUAUCCCCCUCCCCUCCGAACCCCAUUAGUCCUUUGGAUACUUGCCCAACUGUGUCCGCAUGGCAGCUGAGCGCAUGCGCAGCGAGACGGUUUUGAAAUAAUGAAGUUGAGCCUAAUGCUUGUGGACAGCCCGGUGCUCAAAGUUGGACGCGGACUGAAAACAAUGGUGUUCCCCGCAGAGGUGAGCGGUCCGGUCACCGACACCGACUCCCGGGACUCCGGUUUGAGUUUGUAAAUUAGUUUCAUCGAGUCUGAUUAAGUCGUCGGGCUCGUUUGUUGGACUCCUGCGGGUAAUGGCCAUGAGCAGUGGCUGAAGUGUUGUGAUCCAGUCAGUGACAGCCUGCAGACAGCAGGGAGAGCUGUGCGGAGGUCUCGCUGCGUUUCAUUAUGAGCGCUUCCAACAAGUGAAGGAAAUCUGGGAGCUUCUUGCUGGGACGACAGUGAUAUAAACACAGCGUGUGGCAGAUCAAAACCCAAGAAACCAUGGAGGCCUCACAGGACCUCAACGAACAGAUGGUGAAGAAAUCACACAGUGAAUCUCAUGUUCCAGACCCUUCAGACACCAGGUCUAUGGAAAUGCAGGACCUAACCAGUCCUCAUAACCGUGUGGGUGGUGGAGACUCGACGGGCUCCAAGCUGGACAAGAACAACCUCGGCAGCCCCUCCAUCAUCACCAAUGGAACAGGAGGUGAAAACAUGACAGUUCUAAACACGGCUGAUUGGCUGUUGGGCUGCAGCAGCCCGCCCCCCGCCCCGAGCUCCAAGGACUAUGUGAAAUCCGAGCCUAUGAACAACAGCGAUACAGUCACUACGACAGGCGACACAGCACUGGACACGUACGCAGGCUCAGUAAUCACCAGCAGCGGUUACAGCCCCCGUUCAGCCCACCAGUACUCCCCUCCGCUCUACCCCUCAAAGCCCUAUCCUCACAUUCUCUCCACACCAGCGGCCCCACCCAUGCCCACGUACGCCGGUCAACCCCAGUUCAGCAGCAUGCAGCAGUCGACCGUCUACACCGCUUACGCCCAGACAGGGCAGGCGUACGGACUGUCCUCCUACGACCUCGGUUCAAUGCUGCCGGGCAUCAAGACCGAGAGCGGCCUGGCUCAGAGUCAGUCUCCUCUGCAGACGGGCCUGAGCUACAGCCCCGGCUUCACCACACCUCAGCCCGGACAGACUGCAUACUCACCCUACCAGAUGCCAGGUUCCAGUUUCACCCCUUCCUCAGGCCUCUACGCCACCAACAACUCAGUGUCCAACCCCGCCAACUACACUGCCACACAGCAGGAUUAUCCCUCAUAUACGACGUUUGGCCAAAACCAGUAUGCCCAGUAUUAUUCCGCCUCCACUUACGGGACUUAUAUGACCUCCAACAGCGUGGAUGGCACAGGCACCACGGCGGCCUACCAGCUGCAAGAACCCGCCCCUGCCAUGACCGAACAGGCUGCUGAACUUCACCCAGGGGACUUUGAUACCAUGCAGAGCCCAUCCACGCCCAUCAAAGAGCUGGACGACAGAGCCUGCCGGAGUGGGGGGUCCAAGUCCCGGGGCAGGGGCCGCAAGAACAACCCCUCCCCUCCCCCGGAUAGUGACCUGGAGAGGGUGUUCGUGUGGGAUCUGGACGAGACGAUAAUCGUCUUCCACUCUCUGCUCACGGGCUCCUACGCACAGAAAUAUGGCAAGGAUCCUCCGAUGGCGGUAACGCUCGGUCUGAGGAUGGAAGAGAUGAUCUUCAACUUGGCUGACACACACUUAUUCUUUAAUGACCUGGAGGAGUGUGAUCAGGUACAUAUUGAUGAUGUGUCAUCAGACGACAAUGGCCAGGACUUAAGUACUUACAGUUUUGCAACUGAUGGCUUCCAUGCAGCUGCAACCAGCGCCAACCUGUGCCUGGCUACGGGUGUCCGCGGCGGGGUGGACUGGAUGAGGAAACUGGCCUUCCGCUACCGACGAGUCAAAGAGAUGUAUAGCACGUACAAAAACAAUGUGGGGGGUCUUCUGGGUCCAGCGAAAAGAGACGCCUGGCUGCAGCUGAGGGCAGAAAUUGAGGCUCUGACCGACUCCUGGCUCACCCACGCACUCAAGUCUCUGUCCAUCAUCAGCUCCAGGAGUAACUGUGUCAACGUGUUGGUGACCACAACGCAGCUCAUACCAGCGCUGGCUAAAGUUCUCUUAUAUAGUCUGGGAUCCGUUUUCCCCGUCGAGAACAUUUACAGUGCAACGAAAAUAGGCAAAGAGAGCUGUUUUGAGCGUAUAGUCUCCCGCUUUGGCACUAACAUUACAUAUGUUGUGGUUGGCGAUGCGAAGGAUGAAGAGCAUGCGGCAAGCCAGCACAACAUGCCCUUCUGGAGGAUAUCCAGUCACUCUGACCUGCUGGCUCUACACCAAGCACUGGAGUUUGAGUACCUGUAACUAAAAUAGCAAUAUGGACUCAUAAAAUGUUACCGCAGACGUGGUCAGCCCCUUUCUUUUGUACAACUAUUUAAGAACAAACGAUACACUGCAACAGUUUUUGUGAUUUUUUUUUUCUUCUUUUUUUGUCUGACAAAACUCUGAACGGUCUUAAGAAGCAAAGACGAUGUGAACGGUGGUAGAGAAAAUAAAAGUGGGAUUGAGCGAUGACUCAAGUACAAAGCUCAGCCCUGAGGUUGCAAUGCUGGGAACAGACCGCUGUGAAACCCCCCCCACCCCGAUAUCCACGGUCCUUCCAGCGAUAGUUGACUGAAAGCCUGUUACGGCUUCCCUUGGCCUGGGAGGAUAUUUCCUGGGCAACUCCUUGAUGUUUGUUUUUUAUGGUGCACACAGACUAGUAUCAGGCCUGAUGUGGGUGACCUGGGAUGAACCAUCUUCAAACAAGGGCUUUUCUGUACAGCCAUUAUGAGUGUGAGAAUAACAGCUGCUUUCUUUUUUUGUAUGUUUUCUUCCUGGUGAUAUAAUAAUCACAACACAAUGCAGUCUGCAUCAGAAACUUGUGUAAAUUAUUUACAAUAAACUUAAGGGGGCAGUGGUGUCUUUUUUGUCAAGGAAAGGAAAUUACAUUUGUGGGGUCUGUUUUUUUUCUCUCUAAAUUUUUGUAAUUUUUUUGGGCGGGGGGAAUUGAGGAUGUGCGUCAUGUGUUGUGCCUUAAUGUGUUUGAAUGUCUUUUCUUUAUUCAGAAAUGUCUAUGUAUGUAGAUAUAAAGGAGAACUUAUCCAAAUGA